AUGAGUUCACCAUCAAAACCAAAUCUUGACCGUCCAAUCGCCAUUGAAAUCCAACCAUCAUCACCUCGUUACCCACUUUCAGCGUCUUCCUCCACCACUAUUUCCACUGCCGGCGACGAACCCCACCGGAAAAUCGCAAUUUCCGUCGAUCUCAGCGACGAGAGCGCCUUCAUUGUUCAAUGGGUCGUCCAAAACUACCUCUUUCCCUCCGACUCCGUCACACUCCUCCACGUCCAACCCACUUCCAUCCUCUACGGCGCUGACUGGGGUUCUACCCACUUCUCCGCUGCUGACGCUGAUGCCGUCGAUGGGUUUAACGACGAUGAGUCAAAGAAGAAGAAAUUAGAAGGUUGA